CUUCGUUCUCCCGCCCCUCCUCCAUUCGGUCUCGAGUCUCUGCACCACCAACCCAUUACCGUUGUCUAUCACGCAUAGUCAAUGGAAGAGUUUCAGUGAUCUCUCGGUUUCAGAUUCAACAUGGCUCCUCCCAAUCCCUCUCAUCGCCCACGGAAGAAGAGAAAGUUCGCUUCCUCGUUGGCCGGGUCCAAUGACUCCCUGAUCUUGGAGACGGAUGGAAAGUCCUCUCCAGCAUUUCCCUUGGUUUCUUUUCUAUGGGCUGCUCGGGCAGGGGUCUCCCAAUGGCUUGUUCUGCCCCUCAUCUUGAUGGCGGUGGGUCUCUUUCGCUGGGCUGUCAGUCUUUGGGGAUACUCUGGGUUCAAAAUACCUCCAAUGCAUGGUGACUUCGAAGCGCAGAGACAUUGGAUGGAAUUGACGAUCCACCUACCUAUGUCGAAAUGGUACACGUAUGAUUUGCAGUACUGGGGUCUGGAUUACCCGCCAUUGACGGCUUAUCAUAGCUGGCUGCUAGGUAAAAUUGGUUCCCUUUUCGACCCCGCCUGGUUUGCGCUAGACGCAUCCCGUGGCUUCGAGGACCCCCAGUUGAAAGUGUUCAUGCGCGCAACCGUGGUUAUUUCCGAAUACCUCAUCUAUAUCCCCGCCGUUGUCAAUUUCCUGCGCCGCUUUACUCGCAUGCAGGACGUUCCUGUGUGGUCGGCUUCGGUUGCCCUCGUUGCCAUCCUGCUCCAACCAUCAACCAUACUUAUCGAUCACGGCCACUUUCAAUACAACACCGUGAUGCUAGGACUUGUCGUCGCGAGCUUGGAUGCUAUACUUGCUGGUCGCAUGCUCUGGGCCUGCAUUUUCUUUGUGGGUGCUCUGGGCUUCAAGCAGAUGGCACUCUAUUAUGCUCCGGUCAUGUUCGCUUUUCUUCUGGGCGUCUGCAUUUUCCCGAAGAUCCGCAUCCUCCGGCUCCUUUGCAUUUCCAUCGUCACGCUUGCUGCUUUUGCGGUUCUUCUUGCGCCACUGUUAGUGGGAGUUGCCAAUGCCGAUUCCCUAAAAAUCUUGGCUUCGCUUCCACAGCCUCCGCUGUUGCAGAAAAUUCCAAUUGACUUGGACAAGAGCUCUUUGCUCUAUGCGCCCUUGUUCCAAUUGACCCAGAUUAUUCACCGAGUCUUUCCCUUCGCCCGUGGCUUGUUCGAAGACAAGGUUGCGAAUGCUUGGUGUGCCAUUCAUACCUUUUACAAGCUUCAUCGGUUCGAAGCAAGUCUUCUCCAGCAAGUGUCUCUUGGUGCCACACUGGCAUCCAUCUUGAUUCCCUGUGCCAUCGUCUUCCGGCACCCGCGCGCUUCGCUUCUCCUUCCCGCACUCUCUUGCGUGGCUUGGGGAUUCUUCUUGUUUUCGUUCCAGGUGCAUGAAAAGAGCGUCCUACUGCCUCUGCUCCCUAUGACACUUCUUCUUGCCGGUGACGGGGGACUGACCAAAGAGACUCGCGCAUGGGUGGGAUGGGCCAACAUGCUUGGAUCUUGGACUAUGUAUCCCCUGCUCAAACGCGACGAGCUUCGGGUGCCCUACUUUGUUAUGUCGCUCCUGUGGGCUUAUCUGCUCGGUCUUCCGCCGACAUCGCUGGAAAUCUUCCGCACCCGACCCACCUCGGACGAUUCGGGCCCACGUUCCGGACUUCACAUCCUCACCAAGCUUCUUCACCUGUCCUUUUACCUGGUGAUGGUUGGGUGGCAUGUGGUAGAGGCAUUCGUUCCUCCCCCGCCUGGAAAGCCGGAUUUGUGGGUGGUGCUCAACGUCCUCGUCGGCGCCGGAGGUUUCGGUAUUGCGUACCUUUGGUGUUUGUCGAAAUUCAUCUCCCAGUGCUGUUUGAUUGACCGCAAAACGGCGGAGGAGACCCGAAAGAAGACGCAAUAAAGGC